ACGCGGAUUGUGUGUCACGCGUGUUGUACUUGCACGUUUUUUUAAGUAAAAAAUAUAUAUUUUUAAAGUAUAAAUUUUGCAAUACACAUUCGAAGGUAGAAAAUAAGACAUCACCUUUUACACUUGAUUUCAAAAAUCUGAAAUGCUAUAACUUUAGUUUGGUAUAUGUUAUUGCAGCAAAAUGUUGGCUAGAUCAUUUUUAGUUAAAUGCACAUCAUCGUUAAUGGCUGGCACAGCUGUUGUUGGAUUUGCAAAACACAUUCACACAAGUCAAGUAUUGGCAAGUUCAAACACAAAUUGGAAAGAUGCUGCUUCUAUUUAUGAGUUUAAUGCAUUAGACAUUACCGGCAAUAAUGUAUCAUUGGACAAAUAUAAAGGGAACGUUUGCAUUAUUGUUAAUGUAGCUACUCAAUGAGGCUUAACUAAAUCAAACUAUACUCAACUCCAAAGCUUGUAUGAAAAGUACUCAAAAGAUGGCCUGCGAAUUUUAGCUUUUCCCUGUAAUCAGUUCGGUAAUCAAGAGCCAAAAAGCAACGCAGAAAUUCUUAAAUUUGCUAAAGACACUUUCAAUGUACAGUUCGAUAUGUUUGCUAAAAUUGACGUCAAUGGCGAAAAUGCAAUUCCACUUUAUAAAUAUCUUAAAUCAGGGAAAAAUACAGGAGGAUUUCUGACGGAUGCGAUCAAAUGGAAUUUCACAAAGUUUUUGGUCGACAAAGAAGGAAAACCUGUGGAGAGAUACAGUCCAAAGGACAAGCCAUUUGAUAUGGAGAGCCACAUUAAAAGCUUAUUAUAAAUGUGAUUGAUGCAUUUAAAUUUAAAAGUUCAAUUGUGUUUUUUGUUUUUUUGGUGCAAACUUUUUCGUACUAGACUGCGUGUACACCACUGUUUAAAACACGAUUCUGUAUUUUGCUUUAUUAUCAGCAUAUAUCUAUUAUGACGGGUGUUUUUGAAACUUUUUCAAAGCGAAAACAUUUUGAUGUGUGUGGCAAUAUUUUCCUAGAUGACUAGUCUUGAGUAUGCUAGUUGUUUUGGUUGAUAUUAAAACACAAGAUAUUAGCUGUGCAUUACUUUUCAGUGUUUGUUAGCAUUAAUCAUGUUGUUGAAUAAAAUUACAAGAGUUGCAUUAAAGACCGGAAAUGCAAAAAGUUUAUUGGUGAGAUAAUAAAAACUAUGUAAAGAUGAAACUGAUC